AUGGCUUCGAGACUUGAUCGUCUGUUAACUUUACUAAGCAAUGGCGAUUCCUUAUCAGUCAGACGAUCAGCUGCAACACAGAUUGGUCAAAUAGCGAGUACAUUACCCAAAGAAGUCGGACCGAUACUUCAGAAAUUGAAAAAACACGUUAUUCAUUCGACAUGGGAUGUUCGUAUUGCAUGCGGCUUAGCCAUUGAACUUAUUAGUAAAAAUAUCUCAGACGAUUUCACAAUUCUAUUUAAUCCAAGUUCGCGAUAUGGUUUGAAAUUAGCUACAUUCGAUUUCAAUAAUGUGAUUGCUAAUAGUGCCACAUUAUAUCUCGGUGCGAGAAAAAUCGAAGAAAUAGGCGAUUAUGAUGGAAAUGUAUCCGUACAGAAAAAGUUUGUUCGAAAAGAGUUCAAUUUCGGUUUACAAGAAGGUCUGACAGGAACGGAUCUACCUGUCGAAGAAAAUGACUUCAAAAUGGAACCGGUUAAUGAUAGUAAUUCGACUAUGAAAUGUAUUUCUUCAAAUGAUUUACAAAGAUUUGUCUUUGGUGAGCAAUAUGCAAUUUUUGAACAAGAUUCAUCCACUGAGCCAACGCCAUCAAAACGACUUAAAUCAUCAAGUACAAGUGUAGACAACGAUGAUAACCGACCAGACUGGUCAUUGAAUGAAUUUUAUGAUUGGUUAAUUGAACAAAUUUUUCAGCCAGUUUGGGAACAUCGACAUGGCUCGGUCACUGCACUUCGUGAUUUUCUUAAAGAUCAACAAUCAACGUCGACUUCUAAUGAAUUCUAUACUCAAUGGCUUGAGGAUUUAAGCGUUCGGUUACUAACACUGAUUAUCCUUGAUCGAUUCGCAGAUUAUGUUUCAGAUGAGGUAAGUUUUAUUUAA